GGGGUCCUUCCUCGCUCACCCUGGUUCCUCUCGGAGCGGAGACGGCAAAUGGCGGACUUCGAUACCUACGACGAUCGGGCCUACAGCAGCUUCGGCGGCGGCAGAGGGUCCCGCGGCACUGCUGGUGGCCAUGGUUCCCGCAGCCAGAAGGAGCUGCCCACAGAGCCCCCCUACACAGCAUAUGUAGGAAAUCUACCUUUUAAUACGGUUCAGGGCGACAUAGAUGCUAUCUUUAAGGAUCUCAGCAUAAGGAGUGUACGACUAGUCAGAGACAAAGACACAGACAAAUUCAAAGGAUUCUGCUAUGUAGAAUUUGACGAGGUGGAUUCCCUUAAGGAAGCCUUGACCUACGAUGGUGCACUGUUGGGUGAUCGGUCACUUCGUGUGGACAUUGCAGAAGGCAGAAAACAAGAUAAAGGUGGCUUUGGAUUCAGGAAAGGUGGACCAGAUGACAGAGGAAUGGGUGGCUCUCGAGAAUCUAGAGGUGGAUGGGAGUCCCGGGAUGACUUCAAUUCCGGCUUCAGGGACGACUUCUUAGGAGGCAGGGGAGGGAGUCGCCCAGGUGACCGGCGAACGGGCCCCCCAAUGGGGAGUCGUUUCAGAGAUGGCCCUCCCCUUCGAGGGUCCAAUAUGGAUUUCAGAGAACCAACAGAAGAGGAAAGAGCACAGAGACCAAGGCUCCAGCUUAAACCUCGAACAGUUGCAACGCCCCUCAAUCAAGUAGCCAAUCCCAACUCUGCUAUCUUCGGGGGAGCCCGGCCCAGAGAGGAAGUUGUUCACAAGGAGCAAGAAUGAGCUCACGGUUGGGCGGGAAUGGGGCGCGGGGGCAGUUAGAGCGAGGCCGCCUGGCCAGCCCCCGGACCGCAGUCCUGCAGUUACCAUUCCUGCACCUGACCUUUGUCGUCCUUUCUUACAAAGGAAACAGAGCUUGUGAGUGCAUGUCAGCAGUUAACAAGUGGUUUUUAGUACAUUCUUGGCUUUGCUGUAUCUAGUGCCUGUUCCGUGCUUUUUUUUUCUCCUGCCUCUCCUUCCCUCGUUUCCUUCUGUCCUCCUUCCUUCUUGCUCCUCGUUUCCUUCCAGCACAUGAGUUUCUCUAAAGGGACAAAGGCAGCCACCAUGUGGGAGCUCUUUGGAUUGAGGUGCUGUUUCAUUUUUCUUCUUUGCUUUCUCUUUUUACUUUAAACACACUGGCCAAACUCCAGUCACUUCCUUUGAUUUUUUCAGUGCUUCUCUUCCAACCUGCAUGUUGAGUUCUGUAUUUCUGUGGCUUUUACACACACACACACACACACACCAGAAAAGAAGUCACCAGUUGGAUAGGAUCUUGUUUUUAUUCAGCUUUGAUCAACAUACAGAUUUUGAGGCACCUUGUUUUCAAAACAAGGAUAAAAUAUCUGUUGAUUCUUGCAAAUUUCCUCCCACCCCUAUUUAUAGGUAGUACUAUCUCUCUUGCCCCCUCCCCAAAUGGAUUAUUUGAGCAGAAUAGGCUCAAAUUUCAAACAGUGAGACCUAAAGGGUAAUGUGAGGUGUUGGUAGAGAGUUUACAUGGAAGAUCAGUCGAAUGCACUACUUGUGUUCACACGUUUUAUUGUUGCUUUUUUGACACUGUCCAGACUGGUUCUCUCCUUUCACCAGCUGUAUCAGAGGUUCCUCGAUCUGGCUGGAUGUAUCAAACUGUCUGCUGCUGGUUUCCUUUCCACUGGGCACAGAUGCUUCAGGAGACUAAAGGGUGGGAAUGGUUAGAGCUGUGCUGGGCUAGCUUUAGAGUGUGGACAUUGCUCUUUCCAAAUCCCUGUUAUCUGUAUAUUCUGCAUCUCUCCUUUGCAUUUAUCUGUUCCCUAGUUUAACAGUGAGGUGCUGUGCUUCCCACCACCCUUUAAUUUUAUAAUGAAAAUGGGCCUAGUAUCUGGCACUUUACUCUGUUUCACUUGAUGAAUUGAGAAUUUUACUAUGCAGAGCUAUCAAGAACCUUAAAAUAAUUGGUGGGUGGCUGUAAGUUACUAGGUCUCAUCUUUGGGACAAAGUCCAUUGUUCCCACAGUGUUUGGUGUUAACCCAGGGCUGGGGGCCAGGCAAUAGCUUUUGAGCUUGAACACCCAUGUGCAGACAAAUUCUUUAGCACCUGAGUCCCACUUGUUUCAUUGGGAGAAAUUCAGGGUAAGCCAGCAGCUAGAGCCCUAGAGAAAAGAGAUCCUCACCAGCAUGACUGAGGGGUAUCCUGGCCUGCGUAGGUAGUAGUCACUAGCUGGCAUCCUUGGCUUCCACUCUGUCUUUGUUACAAGGUCUCAGCAAUUUACAGAACUCUCUCCCUUCUUUCCUUCCACCUGUCAUCUUUGCUUCUGAAAUAAGAACCAUUUGUGUAACACCAAUACUUAAGAAAGACAUGCAUUAUGUGGUUGUAACCAAACCUGAUGCUUUCAGAUGACCUACUUAUAUCUUCAAUGUGGAAAAAAAGAUUAAGAACAAAACAAAUUCAUCUAAACUUCUGGGCAACCCAGUUGACUUUUAAAUGUAAGAAUGGAAUUCCAAACACUUAACACAUUCAGCUAUAUGACAGAAAGUAAAUCUAUGGAUAUGGUAUUUUGUGAAUGAUCUUUUAAAUAAAAGAAAACCUUACGUAAUAUU